UUUCAAGUGAAGUACCCUAUAUAGUUCAUUCGGGACGGACUUUAGCGCGUUAAUGUUAAUGAGAGUAGCCUAAUGUCUGUUCGAUUUGUUUUGGGUCACUGAGUAAUGUUAGUGUGUUUACUGUGAAGCUCUAUCGAUGGGUGUUUUGAAAGUUUACCUUGUUGCAGGUAUACAUAUUUCCCAUUAGAAGUUGUCUAAACAUUUUUGAGCGAACUGUAUUGCCAUAUGCGCAUUACAUUAUUUGCGAAAAUGACUGGUUUUUACAACAAUAUCCCACAUCCGUGCGAGGGAGAUAUUACAUAUAUUCCCUUAAAUUAUGACCAUUUCUCCUUUUAGGCUACUGUAUUUUACUGGAUCAGGUCUCCAUGCGUUCAACAGCUGUUGAUACAAAGUAUCCUGUGCGUAAAGCUUUGAGGAUAGACAUAUGGCUACUGUAUUCUACAUCUGGAAUUCAUUCUCCAGUCGCUGUAAACUACUCUGUAGAAUGGUUUCAUUUUGAAACAGCGAAUAACACGUUACUUAUUUUCAUGCAUACUGUAAUAGUGAAUAUAUUAAUAUCUGCAGCAGUACACCGGUCUUUGGCAGUAGGCUGUAGGGAAAAUAUUCGAUUGUAGUCUCUGCAGUCAAGAAUGUUGAUGUGCGGUGAUUGUCGUGUACAGAUGGCUGGCUUCACUGCAGGCGCGUGCCACUGUCAAAAACAUUGGCGCCUGUUCUGAUUGGAGUUUGGAAUGAACACUGCUGUAGGCCUACAAAUAUUGAUGUAGCCUAAAUUAUUACUGUUUUACAAAUGUUAUACUGGUGUAGCCUAUUUGAUCUCAAGGUUAUGUUGGUUAUGUUUUGCACUUUGAGUGUUGGACAUCUUAUCUUUUAUUACAUAUUUCCCCCCACAUCACUCUGGAUCAACUUGAAUGCAAUUCUGGAUGGGACCUGGAUGUGCUGUAUGAAUUAUCAUGGGUGAAUCGUCAUGACGACAGAACCAAAUUCAGAGUCCAGCGCGGACCAGCAGGAGGCCAGUGCGGUUCCACUCCUGGAGGCGGACUCUUUCCCCCUGGCCGCCGCCCACAGCACGCCUGUCAGGAAGAAGCAGAACGGUGAGAGAGCGGAGGGAGGCGUGGUCCCACAGGAGAAUCAGCUUGAGCCAUCGCAGGUGGAGGAGGACAGGACCUCACACAGGUCGUCCACCAGUAAGCUGUCCAGGUCCCCCGGUGGAGGCCGGAGCGUCCGCAGCUACAAGACCAUGCAGUGCAAGGUCACCCUGCUUGAUGGCUCCGACUACACCUGUGUGGUGGAGAAACGGGAGAGAGGCCAUGUGUUAUUCCACAAAGUUUGUGAGCAGCUUAACCUCCUGGAAAAGGACUACUUUGGCAUCACAUUCCGGGAUAUCGAAAACCAAAAGAACUGGUUAGACCCAUCUAAGGAGAUGAAGAAACAGAUCAGAGGUGCGUGGAAUAUGGGAGUUGCCUGGAACUUUUCAUUCAACGUGAAGUUUUACCCUCCAGACCCUGCCCAGCUGUCUGAGGAUAUUACAAGAUAUUACCUGUGCCUCCAGUUGAGAGAUGACGUGGUGUCGGGGCGUCUGCCCUGCUCCUUUGCCACCCACACGGUCCUGGGAUCCUACACGGUCCAAUCAGAGCUGGGGGACUACGACCCAGAGGAGUCUGGGACAGACUACGUCAGCGAGUUCCGUUUUGCCCCCAACCAGACCAAGGAGCUGGAGGAGAAGGUCAUGGACCUGCACAAGAACUACAAAGGAAUGAUGCCAGCUGAGGCUGAGAUGCACUUCCUCGAGAACGUGAAGAAGCUGUCCAUGUACGGAGUGGACCUUCACCAUGCCAAGGAUUCCGAGGGUGUUGAGAUCAUGUUGGGCGUGUGCUCCAGUGGUCUUCUGAUCUACCGCGAUCGCUUGCGCAUCAACAGGUUCGCCUGGCCCAAGGUUCUCAAGAUCUCCUACAAAAGGAAUAAUUUCUACAUCAAAAUACGCCCUGGAGAGUUUGAGCAGUUUGAAAGUACAAUUGGGUUCAAGCUCCCCAACCAUAGGGCGGCCAAGAGAUUAUGGAAGGUUUGCGUGGAGCACCACACCUUUUUCAGGUUGGUGUCUCCAGAAACUCCCCCCAAGAAGUUCCUAAACCUGGGCUCUAAGUUCCGCUACAGCGGGAGAACCCAGGCCCAGACUCGACGAGCGAGCUCCCAGAUCGUCCGCCCGGCGCCCUGCUUUGAGCGCUCCACCAGCAAGCGCUACAUCAUGUCUCGCAGCCUGGACGGAGCUCCGCAGAGUACACCCAAAAGGAGUACACCCAAUAGGAGUUCACCCAAAAGGAGUUCACCCCAAAAAACUGUAUCACCGAGAAUUAAACCACCUGCUAGUUUAAACGGCACUAAACCAACAGAGAUGGGCUCGGAUCUAUACGGAAGGGCGAAGGGCAUUGCCGUGAGUGACCUCAUCACCACGGUGACACCGGAGAAAAAGGUGGAGGAGAGGAAGGCGGAGGAAGAGAUGGAAGUAGAGGUGCAGGUGGAGGUGGAGGAGGAAGACGAGACCACGAAAGCCACCGAGAUGUCUCAGCCAAGUCCAACCUCUCCCAUUCGACAUGAUAAGACGGAACUGUCUGACACUUGUGUAGAUGGUGAACUGACAGCUACUGAGUCGGACCAAGACGACGAGUCUGAGUUAAAGACACAGGACACAGUGGGCACGCCAGAGGAGCUGUUGAAACACGCGACCAACAUCAGCGAGCUCAAGAGGUCGUUCCUGGAGACGGGCGCCGACACGGCCGGCCUCACCGAGUGGGAGAAGAGGCUGUCCUCGUCCCCCCUGCGCUCGCUGCGUCUCGACGAAGCCCCUAUGAUCGAACCACUGGAGCUCGAUGAAGUACCGAGCAAAGAGGAUGAGAGAGAGGAUGAGAGAGCCAUGGCUGCAGGCGGUAGCAUUGAGGAGGAGAUCAACCACAGCCCUGUGGAUACUAAGACUACUGUGCCUAAGCCGACCUUUGAGGAGAUGUCCCCGGAGCUCACCGCUCUCUUACAGUCAGCCCGAUAUCAGACCAGCACGCGGGGUUGGACUGCCUCGCCUGCCCAUAGUCAGGCCCUACUCAAGACAACAGAGAAGGUGGAGCGGAUCGUGCUGCAGACAGAGGUGGUAUCAUCCCAGCAAACAGAAGAGGUUGAGGAUCAGCCGAAAGAACAGUCGGCAGAGGACCAGGAGCAGCCGGUGGAGAAACAGCCUGACGACCGGCCUGACGACAUGGAGAAACCAGCUGGUCAGCAGCCUGAGCAGACAUCUGUGCUGGAGUCUCCAGAGGUCCUGACCUUCAACAGGGCAGACGUGAUGGAGGAGACAGAGAUGCUGGUGACCCAGGAGGUACCUGUAAUACACACGGAAAUGAAAACCAUCACAUACCGGUCACUGGAGGGUGACGCUGACAUUGAUCCAGAGGCGGGGGUGUUGAUGAGCGCCCAGACCAUCACCUCAGAGACCAGCAGCACCACCACAACCACACAUAUCACCAAGACUGUGAAAGGAGGCAUCUCGGAAACGAGGAUCGAGAAGAGAAUCGUCAUCUCGGGGGAUGCAGACAUUGACCAUGACGAGGCCCUGGCUCAGGCCAUAAAAGAGGCCAAAGAGCAGCACCCUGACAUGUCAGUGACCAAAGUAGUGGUCCACAAAGAGACUGAGAUCACGCCCGAGGAGGGCGAAGAGUGACCGCAGGAUUGAAGGAUCACUGGGUUCACCGACGUUUCAGGGGAAUUCUGUUAACAUUACUUCACGCUCUUCAGAGUAUGAGAUGCAAGCAGGAUAGUGACGUUGCCAACAGACAACACACCACUGUAGAGGACACUACUACUACUCUGUCUGACUACUACCGGACUAACCUAACCCACACUCACCAACACUACUGGCAAACACAGACCUCCAAAGCUGGCCAGCCCUUCAUUGGAACAUGUAUACUGCAUGAAAAGGGAUCAUUUCUGCAUUUUGUAAAGGAGAAAACAAAUACAUUGGAGGAAAUAUCAAAAUAUAUACAUGUUUUACUUGACCUGUGCACUCAGGCUCGAAGGGAGAAGAAUGUAUGUCAUGACAGUUUUGAGUUUUAUGAUAGUAUAUUCUGUUUUAUUUAUUAUCGAACUACAAUAAUAGUAGCUAGGCUGAACGUGUAUGAUGGCACAAUAUUUAUCCAUGCAAUAGAUGUGACAUUCAUCUUGCCAUACGUCCCCUUAUUUAUCCCAAUGCUGAUUUUAUUCCAUUUUACAUACAGUAUUGCCUGGAAAAAGGCAAAAAUAAUAUGUAUGGUACGUACAUUUGCUUAGUAGACCAUAUACCCUCAAAGAUGAUUUUGUUUUUACUUUAAUUGUAAAUAUGUUCAUUUGGAUUUCCUUCAAUUACAAAGUAAAGAUGAGUAUAAUGAGGCAAAAUCUCGUAGAAUUGUGUUAGAAGGGAAUGUUAAACAGACUCCAUUACUGUGACUUCAGAGUUGAUCAAGAAAACCCUUAUAAUAUAUGUCUUCACAUGGUGGUCGGUGGAUUGAACGUUCUUGUUGGGUUGUAUCUGAAAUGACACCCUAUUACCUAUAUAGUGGGCUUUGGUCAAAAGCAGUGCACUAUAUAGAGAAUAGAGUGCCAUUUUAGACAGUCUUGCUCAUUCUUAAAUCAUACCCAGAAUGCACCUCUCAUCCAUGUGUGGCACAUCCAAGCCUUAAAACUGAAGAAUGGACAGACAACCUCCAGUACAACCCUGCAAUGUGUGUUUGAUUUCUCCAAGGCCGAUGUGUCAGCGGCCAUCCAACACAGGGGUAUCAUGCUCAUUGAACCUGAGGUGACAUGCUCCCCUCAAUGUAAACAACUGGGAUGAGAAUGAAUCAUUAGUAGUGUCUUAUAUAAAAUAAAAACUAAGACAUAUGUUUGGUCAUCGGUCCCCCCUCAGAGAUAUUAAGAGCAUGAUGCCUCUGAUCCCACUCCUUCGACUCAUCAGCUGCAAAAUCAUCCAUGUUGAAUGUGUUUCCCACAAGAUAAAUAAAAUGAUAAAUACAUUGGA